AAGAUGACCGCAACCACCACAUCAAGGCGUGAAGAUAACACUUCAACCCGAUUUGCCCUUUUGGAAAGUUGAUCCCGUCCAGCUGAAGUUUGUUUGUAAACAAACCGUUGACCCAUAUAUUUUCGCUUGCAACAAAAACGCAUCCAAAGCUGCGAUGGACGAAACCAUCAGCUUGGACCAGCUAUCGCUGGCGUUCACUUGCCGAACCUGUCUAAACACCGACUCCCGCCAGCAGCUGGUUCCGAUCUUCGACGGUCCCUUUGAGCUGCUCCAGCAGCUGCAGUUCCUCAAGCUGAAGAUCGCACCGGACGACGGACUUCCGGCCAGUAUCUGCAGCGGUUGCGUGGAACGUCUAGCUUCCGUCGACGCCUUCCGCACGCAGUGCGAAAAGGCGCAGGAAGUUCUGGACAGCUACUUUGCUGGGAAGGUGGUCGAGGAGCUGCAGUACACGGAUGUGGAACAGCUGGAAGAACCGGCGGAACAGGAUGAAGAUCUGCACUGUUCGGUUUGUGGGAAGGGUUACAAGCGGAGGGGUCAUCUGGAACGACACCUACUCAAACACAAGAUUGGGGAUGAGACUAAAGUGGAACCCGUGGCACCUGCCACCAGCUACGUCUGCUUGAAGUGUGGCAAGCGGUUCAUGAAGGUGGAAACGCUGCUUCAGCACAAGACGGACGGGAAGUGCGUCUCGGCGGAGCAACCAGCGUGUCGUUUCUGCUUCGAGCGGUUUUCUACGGAGCAAGAGCUGGAAGCUCAUCUGGAGCAGGCUCAUCCGAAGGAUCGUCCACACGCGUGUCCACUGUGCAAAAAGACAUUCCAGAGUGUUUCGAACCGGAACACUCAUCUGCUGCUACACAACGGGGAAGGUUCGGUAAAGUGCAACGAGUGCGAGCAGUCCUUCCGGAGCAAGGUAUAUCUGAGGCGACACGUCAAAGCGGUUCAUACGGUGAGCCAUCACGAGUGCGACCAAUGUGAGGCUACCUUCACCAGCACCGCCAAGUACGAGUACCACCUGAAGUCGCACAAUCCGAACAAAAAGUACCAAUGCCGGGACUGCCCAAAGUCCUUCCUUCAGCAGCACCACCUGAUCAAUCACGAGCGCAUCCACUCCGGCAUGAAGCCGUUCCUUUGCAACGUGUGCGGCAAGGGCUUCAUGCACGAACCCAGUUUCAAGACGCACCUGAAAAUCCACGCCGGAGUCCGACCACACGUCUGUGAGAUCUGCUCGAAGAGCUUCGUUCUGCGAGCUACGUACGUUCAGCACGUGGCCAAACACGGGAAUAUACGGGCGUACCAGUGCGACCACUGUGGCAAGGACUUUGUUCAGCGAGCGGCGCUCGCGGCUCACCUCAAAACGCACAGCCAAACAGAGCAACCGGACGAACCAGCAAAGAGCAAAGCAGAAGAUCUCCAGCCCAAGUUGGAAGCACCAGUGAAGAGUGCCAAGAGCUUGAACUUCAUGUGUCAACAGUGCAACCGGGUGUUCAAGCUGCCCUCGUCGCUGGAGUCGCACAUGAAGAUCCACCGUGAGGAGCGGAAUCACGUUUGUGGUGAGUGCGGCAACUGCUUCAAGCGGGCGGAACAUCUGCGUGUGCACAUCAACGGAGUCCAUCUGAAGCGCAAGCCGUACAGCUGCGAGGUCUGCCACAAGACGUUCGCGCAAUCGGGCGAUCGGAACGUGCACAUGCGACGUCACAACGGCGACGAUCGACCUCACAAGUGCGCCUACUGCGACAAGAGCUUCGGACUGGCCAAAGCGCUGCGAUCGCACGUCCGCUUGCACACCGGCGAGCGACCGUUUGUGUGUUCGCUGUGCCAGGCGGGCUUCAUUUCGUACAGUGCGCUGGCGGCACACACGUUGAAGCACCAGGAAGAGGAGCUGAUUCGGAGUGAACUACAAACGUGAAUAGAAGGUAUGUUUGUUUCGAAUAAAGAAAAUUGACAUUUGAUUUUCAGCUAUCUUUAAAUGUGUGAAACUCCCUGGAUCCUGGACAGUAAAGAAAGCUUCUCAAAUCUUCAAGAUUCCUCCGUUGUCGAUCAAAUGCAAUAAGCCUAAACGCAAAUAGAUGACGAAAAUUCUACUACAUUUAUCAGAUAGAGAUGUUAGUCAAGCAUGACUUCAAAACUCCAUAACUAAUCAGUGACCAGAAGAAAGAAGCCUGCUCGCAAAGAAGUGUCAAAAACAGUGAUCGCAAAAUGAACUCUUCGGCAUUUCUUCGAUGGAGAUGCAUGACUGCAACACGGAAUGCCUCAUUCUGGUGAUCGGAAGCAAGAAGCUUUAACGCAAAAAGAUGUCUGAAACCGUAAAAAGAUGUCUGAAACCUAUCGCUGCGUGAUCACUCACUCGUACCAAUAUGUUAGUUACGAGGCUACCAAAAAAGUUGUAAAGCCGACAUUCUAGUUACGACUACAAACCAGACCACUUUUGCUGCGCUCACCAUCCCAAAUCAACCAUCCUGAUUCAUUUGAGUGGCGACGAGAAUGGUAUUUUAUACGGCAUCGAAUGUACAAAGGUUUGAAUGAUGAGGCCAAGGCCAAGAAAGGAGGACUGUGGUGAACCACCCUAUCGCAGCGUGGUGCUAAUCAUGUGUUCAAAUAUGUAAAUACAGAUGUUAUGAAACGGAGAUGAAACCCUUAUUUGCUGAUCCUGCCAGUCUCUAAAGCAAAUUGUAUCGGAAACGUAUAGAAAAUGAGCUUCUUGAAUCGGACGUCCGUGUCAGAGGAACGCAGUUUUUUUAGCGCAAAACAAACAACUGUAUAUCUAAUGUGAGAAAAAAUCCUUUAUUAAAGUUCGUUCCUAAAUGCUUGCCGUUCAAAUGAUUACUCACUAACUUAUCCCAUUACAUACUUUUUGCCUUUUUUUGUUAUAUUCAAAAUGUGAAAAUUAACACAUUCUACAAUUAUACGGCGUACACAUAUUUUGCUGCACAACAAACAUCCAAAUGACUAUCGUUCUUCGGGUAGUUCACUCUCCACAAUCCGGUUCACUACUUCCCGCGGACUUGUUUUUUUGUUUUUGAUGUAGUUUCGAAUGGAUGACACUAUUUGUUUUAAUGGGAGAUUUGUUUAUUUCGCAUGCAGAUGAAAUUACUUUCGCAAGGGUACGACUCCAACCUAGACCAAUUUUUUAAAUGAUAUGCUAACGUGCCUCGCCUCUUCUCCGCGAACU